GAUGCAACGCUCAUAUCCUUGAAAUUCUGUACUACUACUCUGGUCUGGGGUUAGACCCAUAAUCCCCGCAUUGCAACAGCAGCAAUACACCAUAUCCUCGGUUUCUCGCUACCGAUCUGUGGGGAUCUGGGGUAUGAGUGGCCUUUCAAGAAGCGAAUUGUCAAUACCAAUCAUGUGUACAGCAUCGCGACGGUCGGAAUUCUCGCCGACGGUGGUUUGAUGAUUAGUAGAUAUAAAUAAGAGUGUCUCUGCAGAUCAUUGACUUCAAUUCCUCAGACUAGUCGAUAUUCACCUUUCCCUCAAAAGACAACGACAAGAGAGAAGCAUCAACAAUGGCGAAAAGACUUGGAAAUGCCGAUAUCGUGCAGGGUGAGCAUGAGCAUGACGAGAAGCAAGGGACUGGUGAUGUAGUGCCAACCUCGGCAUUUGCGAGCUUGACGCGUGCUCAAUGCGUGAGGAAGUUCUGGCGACUCUACAUCACUGGAUUGGGUGUCUCCUUGGCGGGAAUGUAUGCUGGGUAUGCUAACUCAGUUAUCGGAAGUAUCAUUGCCAACGAAGGCUUCAUCGAGUUCUUUGCCACCGUCAAAGAUCCACAAACUGGCAAACCAGCUCUCAACUCCCAGCAUAUCUCGCUCUGGGCGGCUUGCUACUUUGUCACCUCCAUUCUGAUCCAGAGUAUUGCUCCAGUGACUGCGGAUAAAUUCGGUCGCAAGUUCAACAUGUGGGGAGUGACGUUCUUCCUGACCCUGUCUAUUGUCAUCCAGGUUAUAGCGCCCAACUGGUGGACUCUUCUUAUUGCUAGGCUCGUGGCUGGCUGUGCAGGCGGUAUGAUGGGAACAUCAGUCAUGGUCUACAUGUCAGAGGUUGCUCUUCCUCAAUUCCGUGGUGCUCUUCUGGGCAGCUUCUCCCUUGCUUUUGCGUUGGGCCAAGUCUUUCUCGCCAUUGCUUUAAAGGUCCUUGAAGAAACGAAUCCAAUGGCAUUCCGUCACAUCUUCUACUCAGAAUUCGUCUUUACUGGUCUUUGGCUUUUCCCUAUGCUUUAUCUUCCUGAAACACCCUCUUGGUAUGCAUCCAAAGGGAGACACGACGAAGGCAAGAAGGCCCUGAAGCGACUUGUCGGUAAUGUCGAAGGCUACGAUAUCGAUCGCGAGUACUCUGUUAUUCAGUAUGAGAUGGACGAGUCCUCAGCAACCGCCAAAUCUGGGAACGAAAACUCAGACUGGAAAGCCCUUUUCACCAGCAAGAUCAACAUGAAGAGGGCCGUUAUCUCGACUCUUCCUUUCACGUUCCAGAACGUUGUUGGAGUUCCCCUGAUGUUUGGCUACACAACAUACUUUUUCCAAUUGGCCGGAGUCAGUGAUCCAUUUCUGGGCAACAUGGUCAAGCAGAUGGUCCUUGUAGUAGGUAUCAUCAUUUCCUUCUACACAGUUGACAAGGUUGGUCGAAGGACGCUCGUCAUCGGUGGUGGUGCAGCCAUGGCUACCAUUUGUCUCAUUGUUGGCGGACUGGGAUUUAUGAAGCAGACCAGCGCUUCAGGAAUAGCAUUAGUUGCAUUGUGUUCUCUUUGGGCUUUCGUGUAUGCAAACACACUCGCUCCUAUCGGCUGGAUCAGUUUGGUCGAGAUAUCGAGUCCAAGCCUGCGUGCAAAGACGACAUCGAUAGCAGUGACAAUCCAAUACGCCACUGGCAUCUUAUUUAACUAUACUGUUCCUCUCAUGCUGUCAAAUCAGAAUGCUGGAUGGGGUCAGAAGAUCGGCCUCUUCUUUGGGGGUAUCACCCUGGUCUACUUAAUCCCCUGCAUUCUGAUGUUCCCUGAAACUAAGGGUCGAACAUACCAUGAGCUGGAUGAACUAUUUGAACGACGCGUGUCUGCUUGGAAAUUUGCAUCCACAAAAACAUCUCAUCAGGAAGAGCUUGAGGCUAAGGGCAGUGGAGAAAAGGUUUGAAUCACCAACAUCUGUGUAUUAAAGGUCAACAGGAUGCGAACGUUGUGGGUGACGAGAUACAUAUUCAGGGUGUGGGGAAUACGCUUACUAGCAUAUCAAUUAUAAAUGUUGAGAAAAUUGUUUAC